CCGCAGGACCCAGUCCCCUCCAGGGCAGCCCGCCGGCAGACGCCCGCCCAGAAGCUGCGGGAUGAGCUGCGGCGGCUGCUGGGCGAGAGCUGGUCGGAGGAGCUGGAACGUGAUGUGCCCCGCGCCUGGCAGCGGCACGGGGAUCUGGUCCUGCUGAGCGAGGACAGCUUCAGGGCUGCGCUGUGGGAGAAGCUGGGUACGGUGCUCUGGGAGAUGGUCGCCUCGGCUCUGGGUGCCCGGCGGCUGGCCAGGCGAGGACGGAUAUUGCCAGAUGGGAUGCGGUCCCCCAGUGUCACCCUGCUGCUGGGCCAGGACAGCUGGGUGGAGCAUGUGGACAACGGGAUCAGGUACACGUUCGAUGUGACCAAAUGCAUGUUCUCACCGGGCAACAUCACGGAGAAGCUGCGGGUGGCCUCGCUGCCCUGCUCCGGGGAGGUCCUGGUGGAUCUCUACGCAGGCAUCGGCUAUUUCACGCUGCCGUAUCUGGUUCAUGCGGCAGCUGCCUUUGCCCAUGCCUGCGAGUGGAACGGCCAUGCCGUGGAGGCCCUGCGGAGGAACCUGGCACUGAACGGCGUGCAGGACCGCUGCCGCGUCCACCACGGGGACAGCAGGCAGCUGGAGCUGCGGAAUGUAGCGGACCGGGUGAAUCUGGGGCUGAUUCCCAGCUCAGAGGAAGGCUGGCCGGUGGCCUGCCGCGUCCUGAAGGGCACGGGCGGGGUUCUCCACAUCCACCACAACGUGGAGACUCUCCCCGCACCGGCCCCACCACAGACCCUGGUCCUGCGGGCUGAGCGGGGGUCUCCAGAGGGAGCCGGCUCUGAUGGAGAGGUGCAGCACCCAACGGAGGACAGUGGGAAGGAGACACUGGUGGCCAGGAUCAGACCUGAGUGGCAGAGGUGGGCUGAAGCCACGGCGGCACGGAUCCGGGGGCUCCUGGCAGAGCUGCAUGGGCAGCCGUGGCGCACCAGCAUCCUGCACAUCGAGGCAGUGAAGUCCUACGCACCCCACGUGCAUCACCUCGUGCUGGACCUCGAGUGCCGGCCAACGCUGCCCGCCUAGCUGGCCACGGGCCCCGGCGUGGCUCCAGCUCCCACGAAACGGUGGUAUUGGAGCACCGGUGGCAGGGAGAUGCUACCGUUGCCUGCUGCCAGCCUGGAUGCGCUUCACGUCCCCUCGUUCCCAGGUGGCAGCACUGCCCAGCAGUGCCUCCCCAUGACCAGGGUACCAAGGGAUGCUCUCCCGCUGGAGAUCCCUCCAGGAGCCUUAUCCCGGCUGAGGAUGGGGGGCGAGCUGGGGCUGAGAGCGCCCCGAGUCCUGCCCCGGCUCUGCCUGUCACUGCCCAGAUCUUGGACACGUGGUGGCACUUUAAGCCCCAUUUUCACACAGGAGAGAGCCACAGGGCUGAGUAAACCUCGGAUUCCUGCCGGGCUUCAUUUCAGCGAGUCAAGGGCAGGCUUUGUGCUUAUAUGUACCAGCGUGCUUUUUUGUUGUACUGGAAACAGGUCUGUUCAUCUCG